AUCUCCUUCUUCAUCUAGGAGAAGAAGAAGGAGAGACGAGCCUUAAUUAUGGAGGUCACAGGCCAAGAACUUGUGGUGUGGAAGAAGGAUCAAGCCGGCCAAGUCAUGAAGGGCAAGCGCACCAAGCGUUCGAGGCUACCUUCUCCACUCAGGCUAUCCAUGGCUUCUUCUUCCUCCAGCGCCGGCAGAACCAGCACCGACGACAAUUCCGGUGGAUCAUCAUCAGUAGUAGAUAUGGCUACAACUUCAACUGAUCAAUUAAGGGUUAGCACAGAAGAAGAAGACAUGGCUAACUGUUUGAUCCUUCUGGCUCAAGGCCAUACCCGUGACGAGCCCUCUUCCCACCACAACAACAACAACGAUAAGGCUUCCUCCGGGCUAUACGUUUAUCAGUGCAAGACCUGUGAUCGAUGCUUCCCUUCGUUCCAAGCACUUGGCGGACACAGAGCCAGCCACAAGAAACCAAAGCCGAACAAUUCUGAAGAAAAGCUGCAAUCAGUUGCAUUUGCGAACGAAGAGGGUCAUGAUCCUUAUGACCCCACCGGCCCAAGCUUCGUCCUUUCCUUGCAGAUAUCAAAUAGGGCUUCGCACAGCAGCAAUAGUAACACUAAUAAGUCGAAAGUUCAUGAGUGUUCUAUAUGUGGGGCUGAAUUCACCUCUGGGCAGGCUUUGGGGGGUCAUAUGAGGCGCCACAGAACGUUGGUGAACAAUUCUGCGACGUGUACGACCAGCACCGGGAAUAAUAAUUCUCAGCUCCAGGAAGCCAACAAGCCCAAGAAUGUCUUGAAGUUGGAUUUGAAUCUUCCGGCACCAGAAGAUGAUCACAGAGAAUCCAAGUUACCUUUUCAAUCUAAAGAAAAUGUUCUUGUUUUCUCUGCAUCUUCUUUGGUGGAUUGCCAUUAUUGAAUUUCAUCUCUGUCUCUGUGAUUUAGUUAAUUAACCUCGCCAAGAGAGGAUCUAUUAUUGUCAUUACAUACCUUAUUAUCAUUUUUUAUUCGCUGAUCAACUUUGCAUACAGUUGUUGGUUCUUUCCAUUCUUUAAUGCUUAAUUGAUUUGAUUCCCAUA